AUGUCGGAGCUUUCAAGCGAUCAAAAACCCCCAACAUGUUGCCCAAGAAUGCUCUUAGUCUUCUACCCCAACGAAUGUUUCAUCUGCAAAGCUACAUCUUCAUUAAAAAGAUGCAGUCGUUGCAAUAUGAUUUCCUACUGUGGAAAAGAACACCAGAUGCAGCACUGGAAAUUUCACAAAGACAUCUGCAAAGAAAUCUUCAACAUUCUUAAGGAAAAAGGACUCUCCCACAUCUACGAGAAUUUCCGGAACUCCAACUCACUGAAAUGGCAAAAAGCGAAGAAAAUAAUGUCAGCUGAAGUGCAAAAACGACUAGAAAGACCCCUGGCUGAUUACGAAAAACAGAUGUUUAAAUUUCCAAGAGCCUGUUUUGUCUGCCACGUUUCAACACAAGAAGCUCUCAUCAACUGUCCUGAAUGCACCAAUGCCAAUUUCUGCCAAAAACACCCAACUAGUCCUCUUCAUGAUCAACAUUGUCCCCAAAUUCAAGAAUGCCACAAACUCGAUUUAGCAUUUUUAAAGGAAAACUUGCCCCUGGAAUUUGAAUUUUUGUGUGAAUAUAUCAUCGAAAACACGCCAGUUGUCAAAAAUAAAUCACAGAAGCUUCCCACGACUAUGAAAGAAUAUCUAGAAAAGGUCAAACUUCCGGAGAAGGUGGGCGAUGUAACGAAAAUCCAUCUGGGAGAAUUCCUCUCUAUUCCUCUCACAAUCCUGAAUGCUUUCCAGAAACAGCAUCAGCCUUCAAAACUGGUGAUUCAUGUAGAUGGCUUGAUUCAGAAGUUGUCGCUUCCUCAAAGCUGGGAGAUUCUUCUACAUCUGAUGCCGCACUUGAAUAAUCUGAAGAUUGUCCUAACCGGCUACAGUGAUAAUUUGAACAUAAAGUGGAAAGUUUGCGAUAAGUGUCGGAAAAAUAAAAAAAAACUGAUGCUAAAACACGUGCCGCUUUCUUAUGAUCAGUAUGAAAAGAGGACCAGAGGAGGAUGA